AUGGCACAACAAGCGCCACAACCCGACGAAGAUGCGUCAGCUUCUCGAUUCCGGCUCAACGCAACCCAGCCUCUAGACCGGCUUCAAGGGCUUCUCCCCGCUGCCAUUGCUAAGCCUGCGAAGGUCGAACUUGAUGCCGAGCCUAUUCCCAGAACAAAUGUUGAACGCCGUCGAGCCUCAGUUGUCACUGCUUCCCUAGAUCAAGAUGAGACUCUUCCCGAGCAGAUCUCCACGCAGCAGGAACACGGGAUUGGUGUGUCGGAAACUGUCGCCAGGGAUGAGACGGUUCUCUACCUCGCGUAUGGGUCAAACUUAGCUUCCAAGACUUUUCGCGGAGUGCGCGGCAUCAAACCUCUCUCGCAGAUCUGUGUGCUUGUCCCCGAACUCCGUCUCACCUUCGAUCUUCCGGGAGUACCGUACGCAGAGCCGUGUUUCGCGGGCACACAAUACAGAGAUAUUUCUCCUCCGGCAUACGACGAGACCGAACUCCAAGAUGACGAGACAGAUUUGUACCUGUCAGAAAAGGCAGCGCUCAUGGGUCGAACACGGCAGGUGGAGGUAGUCUCGGGUUGUGACAAGCGUCAAUGGCACAAACCUCUAGUCGGAGUCGUCUACGAAGUUACACUAGCCGACUACGCGAAAAUUAUCGCCACAGAGGGCGGUGGUCGUGGAUACCGCGACUGUGUCAUCGAUUGCCAUCCCUUCGAUCAAUCCUACAAGCCCUCCGACCUCGUCCCAGAUUACCCCACCACACCAGCUUUCAAGGCACGCACUCUGCUCUCUCCAGCUGCGGACGAUGCCCGCUUUAAAUCGCAAUUCCAGAAAGGCGAUGCCGCGCUGCUGCCCAGUGGUCCGAAGCUGUCGUGGUGGUAUACCGUCUGCUUGCAUUUCCGGCCGGAUCCUAACUACGCUCAGCCGUCUGCCCGUUACCUCGGGUUGAUCAAGACUGGUGCUGCGGAACAUGAUCUGCCUGUUUCAUAUCAAGAAUAUCUUGCCCAGAUCAAAACUUAUCAUAUUACAACCACGCGCCAGAAGAUCGGGAAAGUGAUCUUCUUGGCUAUAUGGGCGCCUUGGUUGAUUUUGACCUUGGUACUAUCCAGGAUAUUCGCAGGUCCUGAUGGUCGUAUUCCACCGUGGCUGGUCGCUCUGGCCAAUAUCACGUUUUCGGGUGUGUGGAAUAGCUAUGAUUGUUUCUUCGCUCCUGUCUUUGGGGAUGGCGAGCGGACUCUAGAUGAUACCCAGGCCUGA